AGGACGUUUUGUUUGCCCCUCAAAUUCUGGUUGGUGGGGGCAGAUGAACUGAAAUAUAAGCUGCACUCACAGCUCCACUGUGCAGACGUCAGGAAGGAAGACAUUUGACUUGAAGCCUGAAAAUCACAAAGGAUGGCCUCGCUCAAGAUUGCUUUGCUUCUCUUCGUUUGUCUCGAAGGCUGUGUUCCAACGUCAGCCUUGAAUAUCGACGGUUUGCAGAAUGUUCCAAAUGCCAUGACACCUAACGGGGACGUCUGCAAGGACUGCACCCAAAUAUUUGAACUCCUCGCUGACCUGUUUUCCAAUCAGGACCUGCAGAAAAAGAUCAUGGAUGGCAUUGAAACUGUGUGUGCUCAUCUGCCUGAGCCAGCUGGCAAACUCUGCAAAGAUGAGGUGGAGAAGAUGCUCCCAAUCGCCAUCAAGUUCCUCACUGUUAUUGUGAAACCAGCGGAGGUCUGCAAAGUCAUCGGGCUCUGUAACUCCUGUGGCAAGCAGGAGGAGAUGCUGCGGUACUUUGUCAAGGAGGCCCUUGAGGCUGCUGCGACAAGUGAAAAUCAGGCGCAGCCCACAUCACAAUGCUCCUUCUGCAUUUUUCUUGUCAAGACUUUGGAGGACUUGCUGCCCAGAGAAAGGACUGAGGGUGCUGUGAUUAAACUGGUGGAGGAGAUUUGUCACAUUUUGCCCUCCUCCUACCGAGAUCAGUGCGAGGCUGUGGUUGGCAGGUUUACCAAGACGGUGCUGGACGCCAUCCUGAGCUACGCCACCCCUCAGUCCAUCUGCACUCUCAUUCACCUUUGCCAUGGGCAGGAGGCUCCUGUUGUAGACCCAUGCACUCUGUCGACGUACAGGUGCAGAGACAUCAAGACUGCAGUGAAAUGUGGAACGAUGUUCUACUGUCAGAAGUUUGCCUGGAAGCCUCUCAGCUACAACAAGUUUUAAAAUGUUGAGAGUGGGACUAAAAGUAUGAGUGAACUUCUGCGCCCUCGUGGAUGAAGCCAAAUCUUUCAACGGCAAACUGCAAAUAUUUCUCUAACUGCUUCACAGCUUGACAGUAUUUGUUUCAGAUACUGAUUUGAUAUCUUGCUCCAUUCAUUUUGUGAUUUUCCAUUGUACUGUACAUACCGUCUUGCACUGAGAAUGGGUUAAGCUUGACAAAAUACGACAGACAAAAGGACUAUUUGGACUUCAGGAAUAAAAGGAAUGUUGAAAAGAUAUGAAAAGCUUCGCUGUAGGAUCAGAAGGUGUUUAAUGUUGAAAUGUUUAAUCUGUAUACUUGAUAACAUUUUUCUAUUUUUAACUAAGUAGUUUCUUUUGAUUUUUGUAUUAGCAGGCCUUUGUUCUUUAUAUAAAGUUUCAUGGCUUCAUUUGAUUUAAUGAGGUUUCUUCUUGUAAUCAUUCACACAGACGAUCACAGAAUAAUGAACAUUCUUAAAUAAAUAUGGGCUGUGAAACUUAA